AUGAUGCCCCGUAAAGCUUUUCUUUCCCAGAAAGAAAAGCAGGCUCGUGCCAGGGAAAGGGAUAUGUUAAAAAAGAGGAGGAGGCGACAAGACUAUCUCAAAAGAAGCGUGGAGCCGCAGAAAAAUGCAGAAACAAUAAAAUGGCACAGGGAUGAUGAGAAGAGGAGAGAAAAUGAGCAAGUUAAGGACAAAGAUAUCAAGAAGCGGUGGAGACAGGAUGAGAGAGAACGACGAAAGAAUGUGGACGCUAUGAAUUGGCGCAGGGAAGAUGAGAAGAGGGAAAAUGAGCGAGAAACUAUGUUCCAACUUCCUGUCAACAACCUUGGCAGUUUAAGAAAGGCCCGGAAAACUGUGAAAAAAAUACUUAGUGACAUUGGUUUGGAAUACUGUAAAGAACAUAUAGAAGAUUUUAAGCAGUUUGAACCUAAUGACUUUUAUUUGAAAAACACUACAUGGGAAGAUGUAGGAUUGUGGGACCCAUCGCUUACAAAAAAUCAGGACUAUCGGACAAAGCCCUUUUGCUGCAGUGCAUGUCCAUUUUCCUCAAAGUUCUUUUCAGCGUACAAAAGCCACUUCCGGAAUGUUCAUAGUGAAGACUUUGAAAACAGGAUUCUCCUUAAUUGUCCUUACUGUACUUUCAAUGCGGACAAAAAGACUUUGGAAACGCACAUUAAAAUAUUUCAUGCUCCAAAUGCCAAUACACCGAGUGGAGGCAUCAGCACUUUUAAAGAUAAAAACAAACAUGAUAGCCUUAAACCUAAGCAGGCUGACAGUGUAGAACAAGCGGUUUAUUACUGUAAGAAGUGCACUUACCGAGAUCCUCUGUACGAAAUAGUUAGAAAGCACAUCUACAGGGAACAUUUUCAGCAUGUUGCUGCUCCUUACAUAGCGAAGGGAGGUGAGAAGUCACUCAAUGGUGCAGUUGCAUUAAGUUCUAGUACCCGAGAGGAGGGUAGUAUUCACUGCAAAAGAUGCCUUUUUAUGCCGAAAUCGUAUGAAGCUUUAGUACAGCAUGUUAUUGAAGACCACGAACGUAUAGGAUAUCAGGUAACAGCAAUGAUAGGUCACACCAAUGUAGUGGUUCCAAGAUCUAAACCUUUGAUGCUAAUAGCUCCAAAACCACAGGAUAAAAAGCCUAUGGGACUCCCUCAGAGGAUGGGCCCUCUUUCCCCUGGCAGCGUUCGAUCUCUUUCAUCACAGCAGAUGAUGAACAGACUCACUAUACCAAAGCCUACGUUAAAUUCUGCAGGAGUGAAUAUGAUGUCAAAUGUUCACCUGCAGCAAAACAAUUAUGGAGUCAAAUCGGUACCACCAAGUUAUGUUGGUCAGCCAGGGGGAAGGCUAAACUUAAGUGGUAAUGCACCAGUUUCUAUUUCACAACAAUCACAAUCAAUGAAACAGUUCUCAGCAAGUGGAAAUGGAAGGCCUUAUACUCUUGGAGGGGAACAGAGAUCACAGGCCUCAGCAAGAUACUCUCUUCAGUCUGCCAAUUCAUCUUCUCUUUCAUCAGCUCAGUUGAAGCAGACGUCAUUAUCUCAGUCACAGGCAGCUUCAAGAGCAUUAGGUCAGUCUGGCUCAAAAUCUCCUGUAGCUGCUACAGGUCCUUCUGCUGUCAAUACAUCAUCCACACAGAAGUGGAAAAUCUGUACAAUCUGUAAUGAGCUGUUUCCUGAAAAUGUGUAUAGUGUCCACUUUGAAAAGGAGCACAAGGCUGAAAAGGUGCCUGCAGUAGCUAACUAUAUAAUGAAAAUACACAAUUUCACUAGCAAAUGUCUAUACUGUAAUCGGUAUUUACCCACUGAUACAUUGCUUAAUCAUAUGUUAAUACAUGGUCUGUCUUGUCCGUAUUGCCGUUCAACCUUCAAUGAUGUUGAAAAGAUGGCUGCUCAUAUGCGAAUGGUUCACGUUGAUGAAGAAAUGGGACCUAAAACUGAUUCCACGCUAACCUUUGAUUUGACAUUGCAGCAGGGUAGUCACACGAAUAUACAUCUUCUUGUAACGACCUACAACCUGAGAGAUGCUCCUUGCUUUUCAAUCCUAAAAGGACCCAUCUCCGAUGCACUUGCACAUCAUCUACGGGAGAGGCAUCAAGUAAUUCAGACAGUUCAUCCGGUUGAGAAAAAGCUGACCUACAAAUGCAUCCAUUGCCUUGGUGUAUAUACUAGUAACAUGACUGCCUCAACUAUAACGCUGCACCUUGUUCACUGCAGAGGUGUUGGGAAGACUCAGAAUGGCCAGGACAAAGGCACUUCAUCAUCUCGGCUAAGUCAGUCUCCAGCUGUAGCACCCGUCAAACGUACUUACGAACACAUGGAAUUCUCGCUAAUGAAGAAGAGGAAGAUGGACGACGAUGAUUCCCCCUCUGCCUUUGAGGAGAAGCCUGAAGAACCUGUAGUUCUAGCAUUGGACCCCAAGGGUCACGAAGAUGAUUCCUAUGAAGCCAGGAAAACAUUUCUUACAAAAUAUUUUAAUAAGCAACCAUAUCCCACAAGGAGAGAGAUUGAAAAGCUCGCUGCCAGUUUGUGGCUAUGGAAAUCUGAUAUUGCAUCUCAUUUUAGUAACAAAAGGAAGAAAUGUGUCAGAGAUUGUGAAAAAUACAAACCUGGUGUGCUGCUCGGUUUCAAUAUGAAAGAGUUGAACAAGGUUAAACAUGAAAUGGAUUUUGAUGCUGAAUGGCUGUUUGAAAACCAUGAUGAAAAGAAUUCCAGAGUCAAUGUUAGUAAGACUGUUGAUAAAAAAAUUAACUUAGAAAAAGACAAUGAAAGUUCCUCAGACAGCUAUGAAAAUACAGAAGAGGAAUACAAUGAAACCGGUAGUCCAUUUGGUCAGCGAAUUUCUGACAUUGGUGGGAAAACUACUUCUGAUAGCACAGCGGAGAAGCCAGAGGACAGCAUAUCCAAGGAAAUAAUUGAAGAAAAUACAUUGCAGUCUCCAGAGAAGUCUGAUGAAAAACAAGAGGAAAGCUCUAAAUAUGAGGAGACUAUUUCUGCUGAAGAACCAGCAAAACUGGUCGGUGAUGUUUCAGAUAGCGAAGGUGAUCAAGAUGAUGCUGUUGAAUGGAAAGAUGGAGCUUCACAGUCUGAAAGUGGGCCUGGCUCUCAGCAGGUGUCAGAUUUUGAAGAUAAUACAUCAGAAGUAAAACCAGAAGCAUGGACAGAUGAAUCCUCCCAAAGCGAAGAUGCUGGUAGCAGUAAACCGACUGUUGAGACAAAAGGGGGUGGAUCUGAAAGUGAUGAAGAACAGUCAAAGUGGAAGAAUCGUUCCUAUGGAAAAGUAGAAGAGUUUUGGUCUAAGGACCAGUCGCAAUGGAAAAAUGCAUCAGAGAUUGAGGAGAGCUUGUCAAAUCAGCAGAUGGAAUGGCAGAAUAGCACAAUUGACAGCGAGGAUGGAGAUCAGUUUGACAGCGUGACUGAUGGGGUAGCAGAACCAAUGCACAGCAGCUUAACUGGGGUGGAGCUGAGAAGCCAGCAAGCAUAAGCUGCUCGAUUCAGAAGUGUCAGUAGUAUGAUCCAGUCUACAACUGUCUAUAAACACUUUCAUUUCAGUAUGACUGCUAAGCUUCAAUUCUAACUGGUACUGCUAGGUCAUGGCAUGUGGUGGUUGUGGCCACUGUGACUCCAGUGGUUGUUUAAGGAUGCUGUUGGCUAAUCUUGCUUGAGAAUACCUGCUGGGAUGAGCACAGUAACUUAAUGUGAAAUGGAUAAGCUGGUGGCUCCAGAAUGCACACAGAUAAAAGCAGAGGUUUAUUUUAUCUGCAUUUUCAACAUUUAUUUCACUCUUGUACAUGUUCAGUUGUAUGUCUUUUUAAACAUUACCCUUUUUCACAUGGUAGUGUAGGGCCAACCGUACAAGCUACCAGUUCAACAUGUAUAGUAGACUAUGGGGAAAUUGAUUUUUUUUUUCAUGUAUCAUUCUGAAUAGUUGAAAUGUAUAUUUGUACAGUCUUUUAGACCUAUUCAAGUGAAGCUUACAAAAUUGUUCUUGUGUACCCAUCAUAGAUUUGUUUCUCUUUUUUAGUGUUGCCCUGCUGUGUAAUAAAUGCUGUAUCUAGUUUACCUAGCAAAAGCUUGAAACUGCUAUAGUAUGACUUUUGACAAACUUAGUUUUUGCACAUAACCUUGUACAAUCUCAAAACAGAGGCCAGCAACAUAAAAAAAAAAUAUAUCUGGACUCUAUUGUAUUAUAGAAUUUUCUUGUUCUGAAUAUCCUUGACAUUACAACUGAUGACAAACGUAUUUCAGAGCUGUUUUCUGAAAUCUUUUAAGCUAAAAAAAGAAAAAUCACAUGCAAGAAACAAGUUUGCAGCUACUAAUUUUGACACCUUUUAGACCUGUAUAAAAGUGUAUUGUGUUGAAGCAGCACACUGAAAGAGAAGUGCUGAUUUUUGAAUAUUUAGUUUUAUCUUUAGUUAACACCAGCAAGGUGUUGUAUUCAUUUAUACCAUCUAAUAUAUGACACACUGUUGUAGUAUGUAUAAUUUUGUGAUCUUUAUUUCCCUUUGUACUCUUCAUUUAAGCAUCUAAAUAAAUUGCUGUAUUGUGCUUAAUGUAAA